AUUAAAAAGAUCCUGAAGUUUGUAUGUUUCGACCAAAAGUUUACAAAGCUGGGUUGUUGAUGAACGUAAAAAUCACAAACUAUAAACUAUGAUCAACAUCUUUUACAAUUGCAAUGAUGGUUUUGAAACACAUUAUAAAGAUCUAAUUUAACUUUUCCAUAUCUAUAAAUACGCCUUUCCACAGUUAAAAUUUCAUAUGAAAAUGAAGACAUCUUUCUUCACCAUUGCUCUUCUCUCCCUCUUCCUCUCCCUUUACCCUUCUCUCUCCCAACGUUGCAACAAAAAAGACGAAAAAAUCCUUCUCAGAAUCAAAAAAUCAUUUGGAAAUCCCGAUGUCUUAACAACUUGGACCAAAGAAAUCGACUGUUGUUCAUGGUACUCUGUGCAAUGUGACGAGUACACCGAUCGUAUCAGUGCACUCACCAUCUUCUCCGGCAACAUCUCCGGUCGAAUCACAGAGGCCAUCGGCAACCUCCCUUACCUCGAAACCCUAAUUUUGCGGAAGCUCACAAAUCUCACCGGCCAAAUUCCGUCUUCAAUUGCCAAACUCACCAAACUCAAAACUCUCACCAUUAGCUAUACAAAUAUCUCCGGCCCCAUCCCUUCUUUCCUCAGUCAAAUCAAAAGCUUAGCGACACUGGAUUUAUCGUACAAUGGUUUCACCGGAACAAUCCCGCCGGAGCUCUCUUUGUUGCCAAAACUCCGAACACUUCGCCUGGACAGGAAUAGACUAACCGGAACAAUUCCUGAGUCGUUUGGGAAUUUCACCGGAAGGCUUCCGGCGAUUUAUCUAUCUCAUAACCUACUGAAUGGAAGUGUACCCCAGUCAAUGGCUCAGGUGAACUUCACGGCGUUAGAUUUGUCCAGAAACAGGCUCAUGGGAGACUUGUCGGUGUUUUUUGGGAUGAAUAAGACGAUUAAAGCUGCUAAUUUUUCGAGGAACUUGUUUGAGUUUAACUUCUCGAAUUUGAAUCAGUUUCCGGAGAGCUUGUCGGUGUUAGAUUUGAAUCAUAACAGGAUAUAUGGGAGUUUGCCGGCGACGUUGACAGGACUAAAAUUGCAGACGUGGAACGUUAGUUUCAAUAGACUGUGUGGUGAAAUUCCGACCGGCGGAAGUUUGCAGAAGUACGAUAGCUCGGCGUAUUUUCAUAACCAGUGCCUGUGUGGCUCUCCAUUGCCUGCAUGCUAAUAAAAUUCAAGAAUAUCUUCAUAACUUCUAGAAGCUUUUAUUUAUUUCUAUUUUAUAGUUGUAAAGUUGCUUUGAGAAGUUAAUAAAAAUAUGUUCAAAAUUUAUAGUUAUUGAGUUU